AUGUGCGCCGCGAUUAAGGAGCCGUACCUUUCGAAGCCGCUUGGGCUCGAUGACCGAUCAAUCCGCUUACUGAUAGUCCAUCCGCCUUCCACAUCGGACUACAAUGGAGGACCAUUAAAGGCAGAUCUAAUGGUGGUACAACUCGACCAUUGCCCAGUCUUCUCGGCAUUAUCUUGUGUCUGGGGAGUACAAGCUUCGGCCCCUAUGACUAUUGAAUGUGGCGGCGUCCCAAUCAAAUUGACCGACAAUUGCCAUUCAGCUCUGCAGCAUCUAAGGCGAAGGCUGGGUUCAUUUACUAUCUGGGUGGAUGUCGUUGCCAUCAAUCAGGAUGAUGAUGCCGAGAAAUCAAAGCAGAUACCUCUGAUGAGUGCGAUCUAUCAAGGUGCGACAGAAGUCUUCAUCUGGCUUGGUGAUGGAAACGACAGAACCGAUAGGGCCAUGGCAUACUUGGAAGCUCAUGGACCGCUCGAGCGUGGAUUCACGGGACUGGCUAACAAGGCCGAUGUUGGUUUCUGGUCGGCACUUUUCACACUCUGGUCUCUAUACAUCACCCGCUGGAUGCCCCACAUGCACCGGUCGCCACCAAAGAUCUACGUCAAGCCAACAUCGCCGAAAGACAUCUGGUAUCGUACUCGCACAACAUCAAGGGUGUUCUUCGCCUCGGCUGAAGACAUAGCGGAACUUCUGGACAGGGAAUGGAUCAAGCGAAUUUGGACCUACCAAGAACUCAUGCUCGCCAGCAAUCCGAUCGUGAUUUGUGGUAACCGUGCCAUCUCAUGGUCCCAUCUUGCCAUGAAACUCACUACUUUUCACUACACGAGGGUCGAGUCAACGUCACCUACGCUGACGGCUUGGAGACGUAUAACGCUUACGAGACACCAUGUACAGGCCCUGCUAAAGUCUCAAACCACUUCUGACAACGCCAACCGUAAUCCAUUACCUGGAACCAAUUUUUGGAAGAUUAUCAAAAAUUUGUCGAGUGCGUCUCUCGUGUAA